AUGGGAAAGUACAACCUAACCGCACUGCGGGUUCGACAGACUGCUCUUCGACAGAAAGCAAGCGCGAAGAUCGAUAAAUUGCCGGAAUGGGUUGAUAUCGUUGGUGAUAUACCUCCAGCGCAGGUCGUUGUCCGUCAUCAACCUAUUCAGCAUGAGUACUUCCGGCAGCGAAUCAGGACAGUACCUGGCACUUCCAAGUCAGAAGUCUUCUUGGAGAGCGUCCAACAGAAAAAGAUAAGCCAUAACAAAAAACCCAGCAAACUUUUCCAACCUUUAAAAAUCAAAUACGAGGAAGACCAACUUCGAAAAGAGUUCUUCCGCGACCAUCCAUGGGAGCUGGCAAGACCGCGAAUCGUGCUGGAAAAAAGUGGGAAAGAUUUUGAGAAUUACGACUGGAGCCGACUACAACAACCGGGCAGGAGAUUGGAUGGUGAAAGCGUGGUACAACGACAACUAUGGCUUCUCAAUAACGUGCCCGACAUGACGAAAACUGCUGCAUAUGAUAUUGCCCGACGAGAAUUCUACCGCCUUCGUCUGCGACAGGAAAUUGAACAAAGGGUGGCGGCAGAAGAGGCGGAGGCAACGGGCGCUGUGUUUGGAACUCGUAUGUUAGACGUCUCUAUGGCUCUGGAGGGCAAGGUCUUUGAAGACUGGAAAGUGUGGGCAAAGACUCAGGCCCAGAUUCUCGACCAGAGACAAGCAGCAUUCGUUGGCGCCCCAGAAGUUGCUAUUCCUGCAGAUGAUAGUCGAGUGAGCGCUAUCGAGGCAGAGGUCGAAGUGGACGCAGAGCCGUGA